AUGCGCGCCGCGGGCCUAGGCUCGCAGCCCCGCACGGCCACAAGACACUCUUUUGGGCGCGCAGUCGGCCGCGGCAUCGUCCUGCUCUUGCUUGCGUCAUGCGCCUUCGUCGCCGCCAGCGCUCAGCAGGUCCAGCUGCAGCCGCGCUCGCCAGGCCCGACGCCGACGCUUCCUCUCCAGCGCCGCCAGGGUACCGAGACGGAGAUGGCGACCACGACCUUCGAGCUGCCCACCGCCGCCAUCUCUGUCGAUGGCCAGCCCUCGCCCACCUCGGCGUACGGCCAUGACCCGCUGCUCGCCCUCAUGCCCGACUUUGCCUUCAGCAUGCCCGCCCAGAUCACCGUCAACGGCAUCAACCUCGCCCUGGUCGCCGUCCUGGUCACCCAUCUCCUCUUCACCGUCCAGUACCACUUUCCGCUCAGCCGGAGGAACUUUUUCCUCCAGAUAUCCAGCUCCAUCAUGCUGCUUGUCAGCCUCAGCGUCACCCUCCACAUCAUCCUCUCCCAGCUCGAGGCAAAGAGUCAGGACUGGCCUUUCAUGUUUCCCUACAUCGGCGUCCAGGUGCCUCCCGGCGACGAGUCCUGGACGACGGUGCAAGAGGUCUUUUACCUGCUCAUGCGCGCCAUCACCACGCUCCUGAUCCAUGUCACACACAUUCAGUUCCUGACCCUGCUGUUCCCCUCGGCACUCGAAGCCCGCCUGAUCCUCUGGAUGCUCGGGCCGCUCGCCAUCGUCAACUCUGGCAUGGAGUUCACCGCGUUGUCGUCGGACGACGACUUCAAGACAUCGGACCUCGGAGACGCCAUCCGCAACAUCUGCAACAGCACCUUGACGCUGCUCUACACUUCGGCUCUGCUGAUCUGGGGCACCCUCGUCAACCGGCGGCGCGCGUGGCGCGCAGGCGGCGGCACGGCCGCGUUUGGUGGCGGCUCGGUCGGCCUCGCCGUGAUCAACACCGUCAUCAGCUUCAUCGAGAUCAAGUACGACCGCCUCUGGUGGCUGCCCAACGUCUGCUGGACGCUGACCAUCUGGCAGAGCUGGCUCGGCUUCUGGUGGUGGGUCAGCAGCGGCAUGGGCAUCGGCGAGGUCGAGGACCGCCAGGAAAGGCUCGAGAAGAAACGCAAGCGCGAACUGAGGCGCCGUCGCAAGGCGGAACGCCAGAGGAGGAAGGCGGCCGGAAUGUUGAUCGACGACGAAGACGGCGACGGCGGCCGUGGCGGGCGCACCGGCCGCAGCGGAGGCGCGGCCGCCAACGAGGCGCACGAGGGCUCCAACGGCGAUGGCGCAUCGUCGAUACCGGGCUUCAACGGUAUCCGCCGCCUCAAGGACCGGAUGAUCGGCGACGGGAAUGGCUCCAGUGCCGUGCGCCGGCCUCGCCGCUCCACCGCCCAGCCCGGUGCGGAUGGCGGUCAGGACCUCGAGCACAUUGAGCUGCGCCAGGUCCGCAUCGCCUCGGAUGUCGACGAGCGUUCGCCGGACCUGGCCAACGCCGGCGGUCACCACGCCGAGGGCGCCUCCGAUCUCGAGCGGGUCGCCAUCGACGAGGAUGGCGCAGGCAGCACCGCCGGCGAUCGGGCCGACGACGCCGCUGAAGACUCGCGCACCACGGCAGGCACGGGCAGCGGAUCGAGCGACACCAACCCGACGACGGCGGCGUCUUCGGCGCCGCCCGGCUGGUUUGGCCUGGCGGCGCAGAAGCUGAUGGACAAGCAGCCCAACUUUAUCAAGGCGCGCUUCCGCCGUCUCCGACUGGCGCACGUGGCGGCCGCCAGGCGCGCCGCGACCGAGCAGAGUGUGCUGCGCGAGCAGGUGCUCAACAGCUCUCGAAACGUCGGACCGGGCCUGCGUCACAUGAUGUUUGAUCGGGCCGACUCGGUGCGUGGUGGCAUCGAUGCGAGCGCCGGUGCUGCGCGAGCGGGCAGCGCCGACGUCAGCAGGCGAAACUCGAACAUUGUGCGAUCCCCGUCGACGGGCGAGGCGCCGGAUGUUGGAGAGCGCAGUCCGCCGAGCCGUCGCACCUCUCGCGGCGGCAGCCGACCGGGCGGCGACAGGAGCGCCAACGUCGGCGGCGCAGUUUCCCCCGAAGAGGCGCGACUGCGCCUGACGCGCAUCGCAUCCGACGGGCCUUAUACGGCCAGCAACGACACGUCGACGACGCGGCACAGCCCGCCGACCACGCCGUCAGGCAGCGGCAGCUCGCUCCAGGCUGCCGUGGGCGCCGAUCCGAGCGAUCGGCCUCGCCAGCAUCCGUUGUUGCAUCAUGUCGGAGGCGCAGAAACUGCCGCCGACGACGAGUGGGUCGAUGACGACGAGCGGCCGGCGCCAGCGCCGCGGACCGGCCGCCGGGCUGUGUCGCCGAUCAGGCGCCGUCCAGACGGCGGCCAUGGCCAGAUUGAUGAUGAAGACGACGACGACGACGAAAACGGCGACGAUGGCGGGGCAGCGUCGAGCUGGUUCUGGAGAGGGGGUCUGCGGCAGAUGCGGCUACGGGAUCGCACCCGUUACGACUGA